CUCUUGCCGAUGGAAUAACUAUUUUUGCUCUUACUAUUUAUAAGUGUCAGUAGUUUAAUUAAUAACGUAUUUCAACGUACAUGUAAGGAGAGGAUUCUGUCUUCUGAACAGAUUUGGUUGAAAAUGGCCUUGAUAUUUCAUGGUCUGAUGCUUUCUGUCAUAUUGAUUGAAAAUGCGCUUCAAGUUUUGGGACAAAAUGGUAACGUAAGUUAUCAAAUUUAUUUUCAAUCUAAAACUUGGGAGGAAGCAAAAAUUGAUUGUGAGACCAAAAAUGGUAGUCUAGCAGAAUUUACGUCAAAUGAACAAGUAGUAAAUCUUUUUAAUAGUCCUGAUUUCAAUCGUUGUUAUCACCUUUGGAUCAACAUCUACUUUCUUCAACAAACGGAAUUGGUUUGGCUGAGUAACAACGAGACAGUUAAUCUUUUUCACGAUGCCGUUUCAAAAUCAUACACUGCAUUAUGUGGAAAUAUUUACUUUGAUUUUGGUCAAUCAAAAUUCAUAGUUCAAGUUUUGUCAUGCGCCGAGAACCAUUACUACAUGUGUAUGACAUUACCUGACGUGACGACAACUACAACUUCAACAACCGAGGAACCAACCACCACUACCACUACAACAACCGAGGAACCAACCACCACUACCACUUCAACAACUGAGGCACCAACCACAGCUACCACUUCAACAACUGAGGCACCAACCACAGCUACCACUUCAACAACUGAGGCACCAACCACAGCUACCACUUCAACAACUGAGGCACCAACCACAGCUACCACUUCAACAACUGAGGCACCAACCACAGCUACCACUUCAACAACUGAGGCACCAACCACAGCUACCACUUCAACAACUGAGGCACCAGCCACAACUACCACUACUCCAGCUGCUACUAUGAGUACUAUCAACAACACUAACACUCAAAUCGGGAAUACACCAGAGACCACUACACAAAGUAGCGGUAUGACGUUUAAAGCUUUGUCGAUUCUUUUACCAUUACAUCUUGUCAUUUGUUUUAUUGAAAUAUCAACUUAAUUGUUGUAGCUUUCCAUCCAUUGAUUUUGAUUCGUCUAAUUCUAGGUUAGUGUUUUGGGUGAAAAGUGGUUAACGAGGUUUGUUUUCUAAAAUAAUGGAUACGGUUUAAAUUUCGAUAAAAUUUCGGAUUUUUGAAUUUUAUGAUUUUCAUGGCGCCCCUGAAUCCAACAAUAAUAGGUACCUGAAGUAGUGAAUGUAGUAAAGGCGGAUAGUGUUUACGCUUACCACAAGACACCCUUGUUUCUUGGUAUCACGGCAAAUCAGUCAACUGCUUUAAAUAGCAGUUACAUUUUUCUUUUUUAUAUGUGUCUUCAAAUUCUCGCUAAAUAAUAUAAUUUAAAAAAAUCGUAACAUGUCAAUACAGAGUUGUUGUUGUUUAUUUCUAAAUAUUACAUAUUACGACAAUAAUAUUUAAGACACAGUAAAUUUUCGCUGACUUAAUAGAAUUUGUCCAAAAUGUUUCUUUGCAACAUGUUAUAUAUUAGUUGCUUAUUUGUUUCUGGUUGACAAAACAUUAUUUGUUUAAAUAGCAUUUGAAAUCACACAAAAAAUGUCUAAAAAAUAAAUAUUUAUUUUCUUUAUUUAUGCAUUGCUUUUUUUAUAUUUUAUACGCCUAACUUCAUUGUUCAAUUUACUUUCUGCAACAAAUACUCACUUUUGUAACUCUGUGCGGUAGUGCUGAACAACUGAAGAAAAGAGCACAUUAUUGUCACAACACACACUCAUAAGAUGUCACGAUGUGUUGUGAUGCCGGGGAUUUUACUUGAAUUAAAAAUAGUUGAAUAAAUGACGAUCUAGAAUCACAAUAAAAGAUUCUUUGUUAAAACAAAACUCUGGAACUUUAUUUAAAUAUAAAACGUAAGUACAGCUUAUGUACAAAUUACAAAUCAAUCAACACAAUAUAUCACAAAGGCUUUUAAAAACAGAGCUCUUAGAAGACCGACUGACUACUAUGAAAAUAUUUUAUCGACUGGCGUUCUCUCUACUCUCGCCAAUUCUCUGGCGCUAACUCUUUAAAAAAAUGUCUUUGUUUAAUUUCAAAUCAACCAAUAGAUUUGAAACAUCAUAAUCACGUUUUGGGUAAAACCUGAGGUGCUGUCAAGGGUCUAAAUUUGUGGGGUAAUUCCUGAGGCUCAGUAAGGGUUUAUAUUACUUUUAAAUGUGAAAUGUACAAAUAAUUCUAUAAUGGCAUCUGUGACAAUUAUGUUUCCAAUGGCACAGUCUGCAAAAGAGCUGACAGCUCAGCAGCAGAGAGCUGGCUAGAAGAAGAAGACAAUAGAGCUGACAGCUCAGCAGCAGAGAGCUGGCUAGAAGAAGAAGAAGUAAUUCAGUAACAUUAAAAAAAAAUAAUUAAAAUUCUCAUACUAAAACUUUAUCACAAUAUACAGAUAUGGUAUGCGACAUCUCAAGCCACCGUUCCUUUAAAAACUAUACACUAUUGAUAAUAUAAGUAAAACAACAGACAAACAAGGAAGACCAUACCGUAAAUUAAUGAAAAAGGGAUCUAUUUACUGCAUAUUUUAUAAUAU